AUGAAGAUCAUUAAUAGAGAAGAGAGGGAAGCUCAUGCCAAGUAUAUAGCAACAGAGGGAGCUAAAGGAAUAUUCUAUGGGUCUAUUCUCUCUGUCGGUCUUUUUAACUUUUUAAAAGUAAGACAUCCAGCCAAAUUCAAAUCAUUCAGCACAAGCAUUAAAACUUGUAUAUUAAUUUUGCCAACGAUUGGGUGCUGUGCGUUCUGGGCCGAUCAGGGAUCAGUUGUGUUUGAUAGGAGAAUGCAUUCAUACGGUGGUGGGGACAAAAUCCUAGAGGAGUUAAGAAAGUGGAAGGCAAUGUCAACUUAUGAAAAAGCUGUUACCAUUGUAAAAGAUAACAAGUACAAAAUACUCAUAGGCACAUGGUUAGGGUCUAUUUAUGGGACAUCGACAUAUGUUGAAAGCAAUAAAUUAAUGGAUGCUACAAAAAAGGCUGCUACGAUUAAAAAAAUUAAUGUCGGUAGUACCGGGGUCCUUGUAUUGGGACUAGCCUCCUGUCUUUUGAAUGAAAGACUUUCCACUUUCUCCAGAUCACGAAAACCUGAGGUGAAAAAAUAA